CCUCCUUCAGGUGUCAGCUGAUGAGCGAUCUGGACUCCUGCCUGGCCGUCCGUCCUCAAUCAGGAGCUACCCUUAUCCACAGAUAAAGAAGGAAGCAGCCCAACCUGUUCUCCUUUUCUCCUCCAUUUUCACCUUUAGUCUCUCUCUCUCCACACUGGAGGGAGAGACGGAGGAUCGAGGCUGCGUUUCCCUUCAGUCUGGCUCUUUUCUUAACUCUCCUCUACUUUGGGAGCUCAUUUUCAAAGUGGCUUCAGGAUAUUUACUGAGUCAAACAGGAACCUUCCUCCUCCGAAGGCAACAUGGGGUCCGAUGAUUCGUACAAUUUUGUCUUUAAAGUGGUUUUGAUAGGGGAGUCUGGUGUAGGAAAGAGCAACCUUCUGUCUCGCUUCACCAAGAAUGAGUUCAGUCACGACAGUCGCACCACCAUCGGUGUCGAGUUCAGCACCCGGACUGUUCAGCUGGACAACUUCACCAUCAAAGCUCAGAUCUGGGACACAGCGGGGCUGGAGCGCUACAGGGCCAUCACCUCAGCGUAUUACAGGGGAGCAGUCGGAGCACUGCUGGUCUAUGACAUUAGCAAGCACCUGACCUAUGAGAGCGCAGAGAGGUGGCUGAAAGAGCUGUACGACCACGCAGAUCCUCACAUUGUGGUGAUGCUGGUGGGAAACAAGAGCGACCUGGACAGCCUCAGGACCGUUCCCACGGACGAGGCCAGAGACUUUGCAGAUAAAAGAGGUCUUAUGUUCAUGGAGACAUCAGCUUUGGACUCCACCAAUGUUGAAGCAGCUUUUAAUGAAGUUCUAACAGCGAUCCACAGGAAAGUGGCCAGCAGAGAGGUGACCCGUGGCUCCAUCAGCGCCGUGACCCUGUCCAGCCCACUCGGACCGAGCAGCGAGGCGCAGGAGGAGCGCAGGGGCUGCUGCAGUAGCUCCUAACGGACUGCAACCCUCCGUGAAGGUUUGAUCUGUCCAAUGAUGAACCGACGUCACGCCUGACUGUCGCUCAGUCAUGACGGCCACACACAUUCUGAAGAGUGAGGUGCCUGCUUGAUGCUUGAAGAGUCAGUGUUCCCACUUCUUAAUACAGGGUGUCCAUAAAGUCUCUUUACAAUUUUAAGAAUUUAUUACAAAAGCAGUCGAUAAGAUAUCUUAACCAGAUUUGUUUUAUUGUAAUCAGUGGUUGUCAAAGUUUUUUCUACCUCAUUUAAUACACCUAUAUGGGCACCAUUAGUUGCAUGAAGCACAUCAAGACGCUACUUGAUUUCUUGCCAUGUUUGCUGUGCAUUGCCUCAUCAAUGGUGGCAAUAUCGUCAGAAAUCUUUUGCUUCAAGUCAGUAAUGUCCCGUAUCUUUGUUCGAUACACGAUGUAUUUAACAUAACCCUACAGAAAGAAGUCCAAGGGAGUAAUAUCUGGUGAACGUGGUGGCCAAGGAAUUGGCCCAUCCCUUCCAAUCCACCGAUCUGAGGAGUAGCCAUUUUUUAGGGUUUCAUUUAACAGUACCUCUUUCAUCAACAGGAUACAUGAAACGCACAAUUUCAGUGUGAUUACAAACUUUAAUAAAUGCCGAUUACAAUAAAACAAAUCUGGUUAAGAUAUCUUAUCAAUUGCCUUUGUAAUAAAUUCUUAAAAUUGUAAAGAGACUUUAUGGACACCCUGUAUAUGAAAGCUGUAUAGUAUAUAACUCAAAAACUGCUGAUGAAGUGUUGCAAAUGUUGAGUAAAUCCAUAUUUUAUACACGAUAUGUCUUGUGAUGGCUGAUGGGCAUUUUCUGCAAAAGACAGCUGUGCAGUUGUUUUUCUCUUUUUUUGUAAAGUUUUGUUGCUUUUAUAAAGGAAUGCAUAGGGAUUGACUUGGAAUAAAUUAUUUAUGCUA